GUCUUCUAUGGGAGAGAUCCUGGAGCGUCUGGUUGUUUAUUGUGUUUUUAAAAAGAUAAAGGGAAAAGCCCAGAGUUGAAUAAACGCGGGGAAAAUGAACCGAAUAUUCGGACGCGGGAAACCGAACGCGCCUCCUCCCAACCUGUCGGACUGUAUUGGCACUGUGGAUGCCAGGUCCGAGUCCAUGGAGAAGAAGAUUGGCCGACUUGACGCUGAGCUCCUUAAGUACAAGGAUCAGAUGAAGAAGAUGAGAGAUGGCCCCUCCAAGAACAUGGUGAAACAGAAGGCGCUGAGAGUGCUGAAGCAGAAGAGAAUGUAUGAAGGUCAGAGGGAGCAGCUGGCUCAGCAGUCUUUCAACAUGGAGCAGGCGAACUACACGAUCCAGACCCUAAAGGACACUAAAAAUACAGUGGAGGCCAUGAAGAUCGGUGCAAAGGAAAUGAAGAGGGCUUACAAGGACGUCAAAGUUGAUCAGAUUGAUGAUUUACAGGAUCAACUGGGGGACAUGAUGGAAGAUGCCAACGAGGUCCAAGAGGCCCUGAGCCGCAACUACGGCACUCCAGAGAUAGACGAGGAGGAUCUGGAAGCAGAGCUGGACGCUCUGGGUGAUGAGCUGCUGCUGGAUGAUGACAACUCCUACCUGGAUGAGGCUUCGGCUGCUCCGUCAAUCCCUGAGGGAAUCCCCAGUGACAGCAAGACAAACAAGGACGGAGUGUUGGUGGAUGAGUUCGGCCUCCCACAGAUUCCUGCCACAUAAACCGGGAGCGGGUUGAAACGACUGCACUUCACCUGAAAACACUUUUAUAUGUAGAGUAACACUAAAUACAGUGGAAAUGGCUAAUAGUGAUCACGUUUGUCCUGGGGAAAACGUAUCACUAUAAGCGGUUGAUUUCUAUAACAGAAUUGCGUAGCUUCUGUAUGAUAGUCCCGGAAUUUGAGGGAAAGGUAACAUUGCACUAUUGUGUAUGUGUGAGCACACACACACACACACGUCCACACUGACUCGGCUGCUCCGCUGGCAGGUGGAAACUGUCCAAACAGGAAAAGACCCUAAAUGAACACUGUAAGCAUUUGUAGGGGAGAGCGGGGUAUUGUGGGACAUUUUUUACAUUUGCUCCCCUCUAGGCGAGCUAAAAUGAUAUAUCAGUAAAAUUUACAAAUAUCCCAUUAAUUCAGGAUGUUUUCUAGAAAUGGAAAUGAUCAGAAUGUCUUCAGGACAAAGGGCAGUGAAAAUAUGAUUGUUUUAAAAAAAGUGGUCUUGUGUCCCACUUUGCCCCAGCUACGGGGUAAAGUGGUAACAACACAUGUUGUAAUAGUUAAAAUCCCAACAGCUAGAUUGACAACCACUAAUAUCGGACUUGUAACAGAAUCAUGGGGAUUGGUCAAUUAAGCACAUUUAUGAUUAUUAUGAUUCAUGUGAUCUCUUGCACACCC